AUGGAACAGUUAUUGCUGUCGUCGCUGCUGACGCCAAUAGCCAGCCUCUCACCAAAUAUCGAGCACCUCGAACGACGGUAUGUCCGCGCAGUCGUGAUACUGUUAUGGCCGUAUUCCUCAUCGACGAAACAAUGUGGACUACUGCUUUCAGAGCCGGACUUUCGGUUACGCGGGUUAAAAGGCCAAAUCAAAGCUAUUUUUCAUAAUGGGGCAGCCGAGGCGGUCGCAAGAUCUAAAAUUGCGAUCGGUGAUAUCAUUUGCUUGAGCCUAGAUCGCACCGCAUGGAAAGCCUCUGAUAAUGGACGCUCGGACCCGGUGCAUGGAACUGAAUGGGAUAUUGAGUUUAGUGAUCGUGUCUUGCUUGAGGUUUAUCGAGAAUCGAAACACUUCGACACGGUUGACUUUACAUCCAUAACAAUUGAACCCUUAGACGGGACUUUGCAUAAGGCAACCUCUCAAUCGCUCUUUCCAGUGCCCCGCUCACCCUCGCCGUUGAAUGAAAACGGGCAUAUUUGGUCCUCGCCAGCUUUUGCCCGCUCGCUCCCGACCUCGAUGAUCACUGAUGGAGUUGAAGAGGACGGCUUUAUGCUAGGGAGAGGCAGGAAGCGCACGAAGUUUGGCCGGCUUAGCAGUGAAUGGGUUUUCCUGGAUUCACCCCCUAGUCCAAUUGAAAUUGAUACCGGAUCGCUCGAGGACGGUGUAUCUGAAGAUUCAAACGCUGAAGACCAUGUUUCUACUGAUAUGCCCUCCCCACCAGUGGUCACUGGCACGAAUAACCUUGCGGUUAACCAACAGGCCCAGGAGGAAGGAUUACAUCCAACUCCAAAUCCAAGCAGCUCACCCAACUUUAUGGCUACAGUGAGCCCUAGAUCUCACGAUGGAGUUACUCAUGUUGAUGAAAUAGCAACUUCAUCCGUAACGCCAAGUUUGAGUACAUUGGACAGCGCUUCGUCCUUUGUUAACGCGCGCCGGACCGCAUCAGAACCCGAACCCGCGCAUGAGAUUGUCCCUACAAUAAGUAAGGCCAGCAAAGACCAACCCACAGAACAUACACAAGCGGUCAUCUCGCGUGAUAUGCUACCCGAGAACUCCGACAUUGGGCGAAUUGAGAAAUCCCAGCAGUCUAUCUUAGACUAUCAGGAAAGUAUUUCGAGAUCACCGGUGCUUUCUAUUCACCCCCCUUAUGAAGUUACGAUAUCUAACGAAGGAAUUUUUACCGGCGGUAAUGAUAGUACGCCUUCCCCUGGAGCCUCAGAGGAUGUUGAAGAAUACAUCAGAAGUCCGUCUAUCCCCGUUGGAGACUCGGAAUCCGGUCACAGUCAAUACUGGUCGGAACCUGCAGCUGAGGCAACUAUGGAAAGAGACCUUGGGGAAACCGUGAGAUUGGAGUCGGCGUGGGCAGAAAGCUGGGAUGAUGAAUCGGAGGUUCCUACCAACGAGGAGAUAGAAUCCGUCUCAUCCCGAUUGUUAUCAAAUGACGAGGUCGAGCGACAUUCUGAGAAUGAUUUCGGAACGUCGAUUAUCCAUGAUGACUUUAAGCAUGAAAUGCCCACCGGCACUUUCAACGGCACACCCUACCCCCAAGAGGUUAUUGUUUUGGAUAGCGACGAUUCCGAAUCGGAUGCCAGUCAUUCAGACGUUACCCCAUCGAAUGCUCCCCAAGAUGGGAUUGGAGAUCGAUUUCCAGAGGAAAGUGCUAGUAGGGACUCGUUUGUCUCAACUACUGAUGUCGAAUCCGAACCUCAUCAGAGAGCUUUUUCAGUGGUAUCUAUGUCACAGGAAAAGGGGGAUUCAGAUUCAGAACCAGAUGCGCAGGAGGGGCAGAAUUUUAUAAGAACCAAUGAAAUCCAACGCUGGAGCCGCUCUGCUUCAUCAGCUAGCGAAUCUGUGGGCGAUAUUGGGGAAUCUAGCCUCCUUGGAACGGAUUCUGAGAUUAGCCCUGAAUCGAAGGAUCCGGUGUCGCAUGCUGAUAGCAGUUUUGCUAUCGAUCCUGCAUUGUUCCUGGAUGGGGCUGGUGCUGACCUACCCCUUGAACGACCAAUCUAUGGCAAUAUUCAAACUCUAACUCCAAGAGAUACCCAGGAGACAUGUACUUCGCAUUAUCAACCACCAGUGCCUACUGCGCGAGCUUCUCAUGUCAUGCCGACCCCCGAAAUCUCACAAGAGACCCAAAUUUCGAGACCUUCAUUUUCAUCGCUUUAUGGUACGGAGACCGAGCCAACGUUCAAUUCGGUUUUGGAGGGCUCUUUGGAGGGAAUUCGCCCAAACAUAGCCGAAAUCCAGGAUAAUGCAUUACAAUCCCCAAACCGGGCCAUUCGGAAAGGCGCCGCAUUGCUGGAAAGAGACUCUCUGUUUGACGACGAUGCACCACCCAAGGGUACAGAUGCUGAAGAUGCGAGUCACCGUAAGGCUUCCACGCAGGAUCGUUCCCUCGAGCCCUCGUCUGUCGUAUCUAGCCCAAUCGCAGACACGCCCAUCCAACACCACGGCCAUCCCAGUGGUCACACGUCGGGGUUUCGCACAAAACUAUCAUAUUUUUGCCCGCUGUCGCUCCUUGCUGGAAAUUUCCACCAACCUACCGAUACUAUAUCUGCCAUCUUUUCAGUAUCGCCCGUUUCGAAAGCAAGGGGCGUUCCAUCUAAUCAUUUUAUUACGUUACACAUUACAGACUCGUCCAUGGCCGGAGAUCUUGUUUGUGCACAAGUAUUUUGCAAAUCUAAAACCCAGUUACCCGUUUGCACUCAGGGCGACAUCAUUCUGUUAAGAAAUUUCAAAGUUCAGAGCAUCGAUCAUAAAAUGAUGUUGAACAGCAUGGACGACAGUUCUUGGGCAGUCUUCGUCCAGGGAGCGGUUGAAAACGUGCAGAUGAAUGGGGCGCCCGUCGAGUUUGCCGAAGAAGAGCGUGCUUAUGUGGCUGGUCUGCGCCAGUGGUAUUUGGAUAGUGGUGCGGCCUUGGUUGCGAAGAAAAUGCCGCGAUCAGGAGAUAGCAGAAGCGUGGAGACAAGCAGCAGCAUCGCACCUAGUGAGAGCGGUAGCACAUCAAGCCGAGGCCGAGGGGAUAUAUUCAAAAAGUACCGCCGAAAGAGAAAAUCUACUCCUCGACUCACUGUGCAUGAAUUGAGAGGCGGGAGGCGGUAUUUGGAUGUUGGGUCGCCGUCUGAUAAAGAGAGCAUACAUGAGCUGAGAGAUGGCACGGCAGUCCUGGAUACCUUGGCACAGCACUCCGACGAUACUAAUUACGGACUUGAACUGGCCCAACAGUCCAUAAUAUAUUGGUCUCAUGAAGCCAACCAAGAAUUCAAUAUCCGAAAUGAGAAAGUCGUCAGCAUUAUGAUUGAUCAUAAGAAAAACACAUUCGACGAAAACGAAGCAAAACCCCAAAAAGAUCGCGGUCAGACUUUGCCAUGCCUCUCCUCAAGCUCGACCAGCAACAUGCCCCUCAAGUCAACGCAAGACCGGAGCAAGAGUGUACAUGCGGUUGAGCACAUUGGUUUACCAGAGCUGUUAUCAUUCUUCAUCCCGACCCAGUACCUCCGCCACAUGACCCAACCGUCGAGCAGCGAAGGGAGGUAA